AUGCACAAGGACAAGGGUGACGCCGAGGACUCUGUCUCUAAAGAGAGCUUUUGCGAUCGUACGUUAAGUGAUCCCACUGGCACACUGGAAGCCGAAGACUUCGAAGCCAAUGUUGUGACCAGCUCCUAUCAGUCAGUGUUCGGGACCAUGCUCAGAGAAAUGGCGGCUAGCAGUGAACUGGAGGAGGAUAUUAACAUUCCCCUGACCCGUCAUCUGGAGAGAGAGACCAGAAGGAAACUGGGAAUUCUGCUGAAGAAAAAUUUUGGAAAAUAUAAGGAAACAAUCCUCUGGAUUAUGAAGAAACGUGAAAACUUAUCUAACCAAAGGGCUACGGAGACUACUUUCACAUUCGAUGCAUGUAAUCUACCACCACAAGAUGAGUCUGAGAAGGUAGUCAAACAAUCUCGUCGUCUCGUCCGCCGUAAGAAGACGUUAGAAAUACACACAGGCUGGAUAAAGAGCAAGAUUAAGGUACAUCAAGGUGAUGCAAAAAUCAUUCUCUACCCCAGUGAGAUUGUCUUCCAAAUUCUCUUUCCUGAUGGAUCAGGCCAGAUAUAUUAUCCAUCAGGACACCUGGCUAUGCUCAUCCUCAGUAUAAAAGAGGGAAAGUUCACAUACAUCAUUCUGGAAGACAGUGAAAAUAUGUGUGUCCGGGCCCUUAUCAACAACUCUGGCCAUGCCACCUUCUAUGAUGAAAAUGGAAACAUCUGGUUGAACCUGAGCCCAAACCUGGGAUACUACUUCACCAGAGACAAGUACCAGAAGGCCUGGAACUGGUGGGAUCUGAACCUCCACAUCCAUGCACCCCCCAUCCAGCCCAUCUCCUUGAAAAUCAACCAGUACAUCAAGGUACAAAUAAGGAGCCAGGAUAAGAUCAUCUUCCGCUUCAUCCACAAGAAGCAGCACAUUUGCUUAAACCUAGGCACCAAGUACAAGUACAUUACCCCGGCAGUGCUGAGCGAAAUGAAGAAGGAAGCAGUCCUGGAGAUGGAAUUCAGUUCAACGGCUCGGAAGAUCCAGAUCCUUCUAGGGAAAAUGAGGACGAUCCUGAGUACACUGACCACCUCUGAUUUGGAAUGCUUCAUACAGGGCAGCAAGAUCUCGCCAACAAGACAAUAUGAGUUGGAGGAGGAACUCUCAUCUUCCAAGCUGGGGCAGUCACCAAAUUGUGCUGCUUCGGCACGUGCUGAAUGUUCCCGGGAGGUGGAGGUGUCCAAAGCCCCGAGGAAACCCCCAAAGCCCUAG